CCUGUCAGAGGAGCGGGUGGUAUUUGAAAAGGUUGCCUUUCACACGGGGACAAGGGAGCCAGAAACUCAAAACUCUUUUCUUGCAUGGAAAGGAGAUGCCAAUCAUCUUUGCUCUCCCUGCCUCUUUAAGAGCCUGCGGGCUGAUGCGCCUUAAUUUGGCCCAGCCCUUCCUUCUCCUGAGCCAUCUCCAGCAGCCUCAGCCUUUUUUGGGCGGCCCUGGGUUUCAUUUUCUUUUCCUCUGGGCUUUUUAAGUGGCGCUUCUGCCGCGCGCCAUGGCUUCUCCAGACUCGCAGAGGCUGGAGGAGAAGCUGACGUGCUGCAUUUGCCUGGAUACGUUUAGCACCCCGGUGACGGUGCCCUGCGGGCACAGCUUCUGCGAGAAGUGCAUCUGCGACCACUGGGACGGAGAGGAGGGCAAAGGGCCCGCCGCCGCGGGCUACACUUGCCCCUCGUGCCGCAAGAGCUUCCCGGAGAGGCCGGAGCUCAGCAAGACCGUCCUGCUCGACAGUCUGGUGGAGCUGCUCCACAAGCAGGAAGAUGGCGGGCCGGCUUCCCGGACGGAGCAGGCGGCCGCUGCUCGGGAAAAGAAGUGCCCCAGGCACGGCCGGCCCUUGGAGCUGUACUGCCAGACGGAGAAGCGGGGCAUCUGCUGCGUGUGCACGCUCAAGGAGUGCCAGCAGCACGGCAGGGCCCUCGUCGAGGACGAGCGGAAAGCCAAAGAAGAGUCCGUAAGAGCAACCCUGGAGAAAACUCGAAAGGAGGCAGAGCCUAUCAGAGAAGCAAUUCAAAAACUGGAGCAGCGGAUAGACAACAUCAAGGGUUCCUCGGAGAAGUUAAAAUCUGGAGUUGUGCAGAAGUUCGCUUCUCUUGUGGAAGCCUUGAAGGAAUGCCAGAGGAAGACAGUGGAGAAGAUUGAAAGAGAGCAAGAUGCUGCGCUUAGCAAAAUGCAGGAGAACUUGGACCAGCUGAAGCGCCAACUGGAUGGGCUUACCCAGCGCAAUGAGAAGGCAGAAGAGCUGCUCGCUUGUACUGAUGAUAUGACGUUUCUGGAGGAACUGCAUCAUCUUCCUCCUCUUGGCAACUUAGAAGUUAUUCCGCCUGUUGAGUUUGAUUUGGCCAGCAAUGUGGAUGCUGUCACUGAACUCUUCAAUGAGGUUUCCAGGCUUUUGCAAGAGGCUCAGUCAAAUUCCUUGAGUCCACCAAUGACUGAAACAAAAGCUCCUGACCUGGAGGCAACCCUUUAUAAUGGGCCUGGGCAAGUCUCACCGGAGCCAAAGGUAAUUGUGAGAAGGGCCGGACCGUGCCUUCCAGACAAUGAGUUAAGAAUGUCUUUUUUAAAAGAUCAGCAGAAUUUGACCUUUGAUCCAACCACAGCUAACCAAUACAUGCAGUUGUCGGAUGAGAACCGGAAGUGCCAUCACUCUCAACGUAUUCCAGGGUCGAGGCCAAAAGACCCACAGAGGUUUGAGCCAUGGCAAGUCAUGUGUGCCCAGAACUUCAGCCAGGGCAGCUGCUACUGGGAAGUCAAGUUAUCUGGCCACUCUGUCAUCAUUGGCGUGGCUUAUGGAAGGUUCCCAAGGAAGAAGCGGGCUGGCCGCACAUUCACCAUUGGGCUGGAUAAACUCUCCUGGGGCCUGCAUGUCCAGGAAGACUGCUAUAUGGCCUGGCACAACGCCGAGUGCAUUAAGAUAAAAAAGCACGUGUGCAAAUUCAUUGGGGUGUGGUUGGAUUGCAACCAAGGAGUGCUAUCCUUUUAUGGCGUGGAUGACAACAUGACACUCCUCCACACUUUCAACACGAUCUUCACAGAGCCCCUUUUCCCAAUCUUCUGGCUUUGCGAAGGCAUAGCUGUGACCCUCUGCCAAAAGCCACAGGGCAAAGUUCGAACUGAUGGGGUGCCUCCUGUCUUGCAAGCAGCUGCUGCUGCUGCUGCUGCUGCUGCUGCUGCUGCUGCUGCUGCUGCCACCACAGUGGACGAACUGCCAGAUGAUGAGAUAGCUCUGAAACAAGGAGAGCAACUCUCCAGUUCCACCGACAGGGAUUCAAUGAAAGAUUUGUCUUACCCAACUUCGUUCCUCGCUCGUCCCCAAACACGCAACAAGGAGCAUUCACACGAUCGUCUGCUCCUGACAUUCACACCAGGACAAAAAGAAAAAGAAAGAAGAAAAGCCUUUAUUAAUGUGUCUCCCUGCCGGCGCGCCGAAGGAAGAACUUGGGCCAAGCCCCUGUCCUUUCUUGGUGGGAUUUCGGCGUGCUUGGAUGAAGGGGCGGGUUCACCUCCUCCUCCGCUUCGCACCUUUGUGGGAGCGGCGAAGGGGCCGCGCCUAGAGGAGGAACGCGAACGCGCACGCUGCCCCCUUAAACGGGAGGCUGGACUCGGCAAUCUCCGCUGUGGGGCUGGCCGGAGCUGCCCGUCGGUGACACGCGUUCCCGGUGGGCGGAGUUGGCUCUCCCGCGCCCUGCCCUGGAUGUGGGAAAGGGAGCAGCCCAGGCGCGCUCUCUUCGCCUCCUUCUCGGUGGAGUCGAGCAGCAUGGAUGCGGGCUCCGGCCCCAUCAGCCCAGUCUCCCAUCUCCAGGAAGGCCCUUUCAGCUGCCCCAUCUGCCUCGACGCCCUCAAGGACCCGGUCACCACCCCUUGCGGCCACAACUUCUGCCUGAGCUGCCUCGGCGCGCACAGGCACCACCCGGGGGCGGGAAGCGGCGCGCCAAGCAGCUCCCGCUGCCCGCUCUGCCAGGAGCCUUUCCCGGCCGACCUCCAGCUCCGGAAGAACCACACCCUGGCCGAGCUGCUGCAGCUCCGGCAACCCGCCCCGAGCAGCCCGGGGCUGGCCAUGGCCCCCGACAAGCCGCCGGAGCCGUGCGUGCCCGGCGACUCUUGCGCGCCGUCGGAGGACGCGCCGCCCGACGAGGUGCUGUGCGACUUCUGCACCGACGGCGAGCGCGCCCGGGCGGCGCAGUCGUGCCUGGUGUGCCUGGCGUCCUUCUGCUCGCCGCACCUGCAGCCUCAUCUCAAAAGCCCCGCUUUCCAAGGCCACCGGCUGGUGCCGCCCUUGCGGCACAUCGAGGAAAGCCUCUGCAAGCUGCACCUCAAGCCCCUGGAGAGCUUCUGCCGGACGGACCGGAGCUGCAUCUGCCAGCUGUGCAGGGCCCAAGAGCACCGGGGCCAUGAAGUGGUGGCGGUGGAGGUGGAGCGGGAGCACGUGGAGGCCCAAAGACCCAAAAUCCUGAACAGCGUCGAGAAUCAGUUGGAUGAACUUGGAGUCACUAUUGCGCAGACAAGGAGGACUGUGGACCUCAUCAAAGGCACUGCUCAGAAAGAGAAGGAAAAGGUCAGCAAACUCUUUGCCGAGACGGCCAGGGUCCUUGCAGCCUUUCAGAAGGAAGUCCUUGGCUUCAUCGAAGAUGGGGAAAGAGCAAUGCUGACUGGGGCAGCGGAGGAGCUGCGGCAGAAGGAAGAGAGGCGUGACACACUGACUGAACACAAGCGGAAUCUGGAGAAGGUUCCCAGCACAGACACCAUCUCUUUCCUGCAGGAGUUUCAAGCACUGAAAAUAGCCACCGAAGAGAAAAACUUCUCAUGGGCAAGCUUCCCCAAAGAGCUGAGCUUCAUCAAAUCCAGCCAGGCCGUGCUCGCUGUGAAGGAAAUGCUAGUGAACAUUUGCAAGAACCAGUGGGACCAGCUCUCAGGGAACGGAGACGAAGGGCCCAUUCUUUAUGGCAUGCCAGAAGUGACCAUUGAGCCCCCGAUUCCAGAAAAAAGCAGCAACCCCGCCUGUUUGGAGUCCCGAGAUUAUUUUCUCAAAUUUGCCUUCAUCAUCGACUUGGACAGCGACACUGCCGACAAAUUCCUCCAGCUGUUUGGGACCAAGGGAGCCAAGCGGGUGCUGAACCCUAUCGCCUACCCCGAGAGCUCGACCAGGUUUGUCAACUGCGAGCAGGUGCUGGGCGAGAACUUAAUGAACCGAGGCAACUACUACUGGGAAGUGGAGAUCAUUGACGGCUGGGUGAGCAUUGGCGUCAUCACGGAAGAUUACAACCCGCAGGAGUCCUAUGACAGGGGCCGCCUGGGCAGGAACGAGAACUCCUGCUGCCUGCAGUGGAACGGGCAGAACUACGUGGCCUGGUUCGGUGGCUUUGACUGCGUGAUACAGCAGCCUUUCUUCCAUACGAUUGGGGUGUACUUGGAGUACUCUGAGAAGGUGCUGACCUUCUAUGGAGUCAAGGAUUCCAAGAUGACGUGCCUGCAGCAGUUCAAAGUGGCGCGCUUCAAGAAGGGCCAUUUCGACCCCUUCCAGAAUAAGAUCAACCACCAGUUUCCGGCGCUGUUUACGCACAACCUCAAGCCCGCCUUCUUCCUAGAAAGUGUUGAUGCCCACAUGCAGCUUGGGCCUCUCAAGAAAGAUUGUGUUUCGGUGCUGAAGCGACGGUAACUCGUUCCAUGUGCGGUAGAGCAAGAAAGGAAUUGGUAAAGAGAUUCAAAACGGGAUCUUUCCUAGAACAGCAUGUCACUUCCAUGAUACAGGGUUACUAGGCUCUUCACCCAUAUGUCUGUCCCUGCUACCUUUUGAGUCAUUUGACUGGUGCCUUUAAAGAUAAUGGGCCAUUUCCAUGUUGGUCUUUUCUCUCUCUUGCCACCUCUUGGAUUUUUAGUCAUAGUUAUAGUUUGUUCACACUGGGCUUAAACUCGAAGACCAAGCUUGUUACCUUUCACAUGCUGUUUGGGGAUUUGGAGAGGAUUGAUUCUAGUCUGAACUUUCAUUUUCUGUAUUAAUCCAAUAUAUUUACCACACACACGCAGUUUCCUGACUCUGUAUUCAUCAGUUCUAGGGCUUCUUCCUGCUCUCUUAGCCUGGGUGGUGGCGGCGGUGGGGAAAAUAUCAGUGUUACUUUAAGACAGGAGUCAAGAGCCUGGGAUGUUGCUGGACUACAAGUCCCAUUACCCCUAACUAUUGGCCAGACUGACAGGGGUUGCUGGGAUUUGGAGUUGCUGGAGAGCCAUAGGCUCCCCACCUCUGGCCCAGCUUGUGAGGAGUUACAAAUUUUUCUGUGGGCACUGAGCCAAAUCUUAACUUCUGAUUUAAACUGCUGUUCUUUAAGAUGGGAGCUGGUGGUUGAGUUGAAACAGGGGACCUACUUUUCUUCUGUUUCUAGGAUAUCUUGAUUUUAGUAGAUAAUUACAGUUCUUCAUAUAAAUUGGGAAGGAUGGAAAAAUAAAACUUAGCUAGUUCAGAGACAGAACUGAUUUUUUACCAUUUGAAGAUUAUUAUUAUUUACCUCAUGGAUUCCCUGACAAUAACUGAAUUGCUGAAAUGCUUGUGUGUUUUAUUAGCCCUGUGGUCUCAGCAUUACAGUUAUUUUCUGCAAGAGUUUUCUUCCAGUUAUUCAGUUUGUUGCCUAUCUGCCAAGGGUGGAUCUUUUACAAAAUAAAUGGCAACAUACUAAACACAGGGUGAAAAAUAUUAUGAAUUUGGUGAAACAUGAUGGUUAAUUGUAUGAGUUCACUUAUCCCUGCUGUCUGGGCUCAUGCAGUUCUUCCUGCCUACCAGUAAGAAACGGUGAGGUCACCAAAGUUAUUUUCUACUUCCCCCAAUGGAAAUAACUACAGCGCAAUUGCUCACAAUAGCAACACACACACACACACCAUCAUUGGUCAGCAUUAUUAAAAAUAUGUUUUGCCGUUUUCAUCUUUCAGCCAGAUACUAAAUAUGUUAGUCUGACUUGAGUUGAGCAAGUCUCUACUUCCUGGUAGAUAAGCCUAUAAAUGCAGCCCUUACAGUUUCACCUGUUGCCAUUGGAAUUAGUUAUUGAAAGAAUACCACAAUGAUCAUGUUGUGAUUUCUGUAUUCUUACUGUAUUCUUAAAAACACUUUGGGGAUAAACUGGAACAUUAGGAAAUUUCACACUGAACCAAAAUUGGCUGUAUUAAUUGUUCCUCCAUGAGCAAAAUAAUAAAGCCAGUAUAUUUGCUUCCUUAGGUAAUACUGUGCUGCUGUUUGUUUUUCACCCCAAUUCUUGGGUGGUGGUAACCUUUCUGCUUUGUUUUAUUAUUUUUAUUAAUAAUACACAGUUGUAUAAUCUAACAUGUGUGAGGAAAUAAUAAGGAAAAAAGUUUAAAAGAAUCUAGUUGCCAUUAAAGAAUAUGCAAACAUAA